UGUAUUUGCUUAUCGAUAUACAAAACAACUGCAUUCGGGCGGUAAGUGCAGUGAUACGACAAUUCAUUCAUAUAAACAACGCAGAAAAAAUAAAUAAUUUGUGUUAAAGCGGGAAUCACGGCAAUAAAAUUUUGCAAUAGUGAGUUUAUCACUUACGUUGUAAAAUAAAUGUUCUUGGAUGAAUAUGCGACAGUAACCAUUAGCAGACUGGCGUUGACGAAGUACGCACUUGUUUUGCGAUUCAAAGUGCAUUUUCGCAGGAGGUCAAAUACUGCCCACUCGCAUAAACAAUGAGUUCCUUUUUCAACAGCUUUAGGAAUUUUUCGAGCAAACGCGAGAAUGCUAUUAAAGAGGCGCUUAUCAAUACACUUAUUGAGAACUCACGUGAAAUACAGUAUGAAGUGAAGCAAAGAGGGUGUGAUCGUUUGGAGUUAUGUGAAUCUACUAGCACGCUGUGUACGACGUUGGAGGCAAUUUUCCUGCAUGGCCUGAAAGAUUCACUGCUCUGGAGCACAAUUAAUGUUAUAGCCGGCGAUGAGGAACGGCGACCAGAGCCGAGUUUUUGGGCACCAUUGCUUAUAUUUUUGCACAAACAAGUGAUUGAACAGGUCCAGUCGCUCUCCCAAAUUACUAGUGAAAUCGGCCAGUGUCGCGCUUGGAUACGUCUGUCACUCAAUGAAUCUCUUUUCUCUGCGUAUUUGAAUAACGUACGCAAAAGCAGUUCAGCGCUUAGCCCUUACUACAAAAAGUGUGCUUUGCUCAAGGACAGUGACGGUCUGGAAAUGGCUGCAAAAGCCAUGGAAGGCAUUGAAGCAUUCGUGCAAUUCAAUUUGCCCGUGAAUUCUAGUUUGCUUAACUAUUGGCCAGAUUACGCGUUGCAAUUGUCAGGCUUAUGGACGCCACCACUCAAGUCGUGCCCGAUAAGCAGUGGUGUAGAUAUCGCCGACUCACUGGCUGUUGAAGAUGAAGAGCCUAUUGAGGCAAUGGCAGCGCUGCCAACUCCCCAACCGAUACGCACCAAUGAAGCAUUCACACAAAAAAUUGAAAAUUUACCCAGCAUACAAUCACCAACUGCUGCAGAUAUCGCCGCGCAACGCGAAAAUGUCGAUUUGCUAUUGAAAGCGGUUGAUGAGAUGCAAAUGAUAAGUGAAGAAAAUACUGAAACAGGCAUAAGCAAUAAUGUAACUGGCGCCGAAAUUGUGCAGGAAGACAGUGAAUAUGCACAAAAAGCCAACAAAACAAAAAAGAAACGCAAAAAAUCACGCGAGCUUGCUGAGGCACGCAUACGAGACUACAUAGCCGGCGAAGCGGGCUAUAGAACAGAGCCGACAUCGCCUACAACACCUGGCAACUCACUGGUGAAUUUAAUGCACACAUCAUGGUCUGCAGAUGAGGCUUCUGCAUCUGAGUUGAAUACACCCUCUUUAGAGCGUCCUUUAUAUAGGCGUGCCUCGAGCAAUGCAAGCACACUUAGCUACAAUACGCUGCUAGGUAAACAUGAACGCGAAAAGUUGCAGAUACAAAUAAAAAAUAAUGCACUAACCGUGGAGCGGACAAGUGUGACUCAUGCAGGUGCGGAUGAUGCUGCGCCACAGAAAAGUGAUAAUAAUGGGGGCAGUGAUUCAAUUGAGAGUCAGUUGACACUGGACUUUGAAGUAGUGCCCAAUUCGAAUUUGGACAAAAUGAAUGUCAGUGAAAUACAAGAGAUGUUGGAACAGAUGUAUAAAUUGGCACGUCAGCCUGGUUUGGAUGCGCAAGGUUUUCUCUGCAAAUCAUGCCAACAUCCUUUGGGCAUUGGCUACACGAACUUCCAAGUUUGCGGAUUCAGUGGCAAUUAUUUUUGCGACAACUGCAUGGACAUGGAACAAAUGAUGAUACCAGCAAAAAUCAUUUACAAUUGGGAUUUUCGCAAGUACACAGUGUCAAAGCGUGCGGCAGCUUUCUUGACCGAGUUUCGCAAUCAGCCUGUUAUUGAUUUAGAACUCUUAAACCCAGAAAUUUACAACGCUUCGGAUGCCAUGGCUGAUUUGCAAUCUUUGCGUAUACGCUUGAAUUUCUUGCGCGCCUAUCUCUACACUUGCGAGCCGAAAUGUAUACAGUUAUUGCAACAACAGUUCUAUGGGCGUGAAUACCUGUACGAGCACAUACAUUUGUAUUCAAUAAGUGAUUUGCUGUUGAUAUUGCGUGGAACACUUUGCCAACAGCUGCAAAAGGCAUACAAAAUAGGCGAAUCGCAUGUGCUGAAGUGCCCGUUGUGCAGUGUCAAAGGUUUUAUAUGCGAGAUAUGCAAGAGUUCGCGUGUAUUGUAUCCAUUUCAUAUUGAAACGACAUAUAGGUGCGAAAUUUGUGGCGCCGUUUUUCAUGCUCAGUGCCUAAACGAUCAACAACCAUGUCCGAAAUGCGAACGCAGGCGUAAGCGAGAGGAGUUGGAUUUAGAAGAAUUGAAUGAUAUUGAAAAUAUGCACAGUUUGAAUUCGUCCACUACUAUUAUCACUGACGAUGUGGAAGAAGAACAGUAAAUGACGCUUAAGCGAUUGUAAAGUAAGGCCUUCGCCCACGGGUCGUACCGUCAUGGUAGCGUAUGCGACUAAAUGCACGCGAGACAUACGCUUCGUUGUUGCUCACACGUGCUAAAACGGUGAACCGCACAGAGGUCGUCAGCAACCUGCUAUCGUCAAAGCAAGUAUACAGCAGGGCGCUUGUCAUACAGCAUAGUCGUCAAAUAUCCUGUAUGCUUGUAGAUUGUUAUUGAUCUUCAUGUAGUUGGCAUUCAAAAGAAAUGUUUUUUUUUUUGGAAUGAUAGAAUAAUCUUAUUUUAAAGGUCUAAAAGGUUUUUGUUUGCAAUUAAAAACUUUCUAUGAACUUUCCUCAAAAAGGAGGGAUAACUUUUGCUAAAGUUUAGACUCUGUUUUUCUUGAGAAAUCCACAUCUUUUUUUACUCCAUCAACCACACCAAAAUCUCAAAAAUUAUGUAGAAAAGAAUACCUGCUUCAGCAUAUUUUUAAUACUUUCCUCCAAGCUAAUGCAUUCACGCACGUUAGUAUUUCAACAUUUAAAAUCAUUUUUAGACAUCCUGAAAUAUGUCUGAAAUUUGUAAUCAUCCUCUUGUAACUCCCUUGUGGCAAUGAAUAAUCUACUGUUUGAGUUAGCGGCCACCGUAGCCGAAUGGGUUGGUGCGUGACUACCAUUUGGAAUUCAGAGAGAACGUAGAUUCGAAUCUCGGUGGAACACCAAAAUAGAGAAAACGUUUUUUCAAAUAGCGGUCGCAAGCAAUGGCAAGCUUCAGAGUGUAUUUCUGCCAUGAAAAAGCUCCUCAUGAAAAAUAUCUACCGUUCGGAGUCCGCUUGAAACUGUAGGUCCCUCCAUUUGUGGAACAACGUCAAGACGCACACCACAAAUAGGAGGAGGAGCACACUUAAAAAGGGCCAAUUAUAUGUAUACAGUCUAAGUCAGAAAAAAGGAAACCGUGAUUAUUCGUGAAGUAUAAAAGAUAUAAAUUUAAAAUUUUUUUUACAUCGUCGCAAUUACUCAACCGUGUAGUCUUCAUCGUUGUCUAGUAUAGCCUGUCAUCUUUUCGGCAUGCUUUGAACCAGCUUUCCUGCGUAGCUCGUCGACAAACAGGACUAGAUUUUGCGAACUCGUCGCACGAGUUGCUUUAAAUUAUGGACUGGGGUUGGCGACUGUGAACUGGGAAGGCCAGUCCAAUACUGUGACGCCAUUUUCUUGUUUUGUUGUUUCUCAAUGUGCUUUUCUGAGAGCAGUAGUUUUGAUGAUGUGGGACGAUAGGAUAUGAUCGCCUUCGUGAGUCGACAUUCAAUGGUGUUGAUACUCACAUCUAUUCCGUUUUUAGCAAGAAUUGUGCGUGCUUGGCGUAGUCGCAAAGAAGGGUCCCACUUAAAAAGUUGGAUGAUCACUUUAUCUUACUUUUUUGUCAUCACUAGCUUCAAGCUGCGCUCGGAAAAGUCAUCAACAUUUUUGUACACCAUAUACCGCUGAUUCCACAUCACAACAAACUUUUUUGGUUUUUAAAUUGCUUUUGCAAGCCGCGGCGUAAGAUAACACAGGCCGACAAAAUUUAACCAACUUUCAGACCCGGAAACCAGACUAUAUAUUUCCGAAGGUUUAUGAUGCGCUGAAUCCAAAUCUGGCCUCAGAAUUGCUCUAUCAGCUCUGGUUUUCGAGAUAUCAUAACCUAAAAGUGCAAACAACACCGUUUUUGCCCAUAUUUGAGGUUAUGUAGCCUUGCAGAUGUUUUCUUUCACCAAAAUUAAAGGAUGACAUCUUUAAAUACAAGCCUUCUUUUUUCAAAUGGCGUUGAGUUUGCUCAAAUAUCAUUUUUUUUCGCUGAGAUAUCGCAUUUUGAAAUUUGCAUGUUUCUAAAUUUUCCUACACCUGAAAAUCGAUUGAGAUAACAAAGACAUGAUAUAGUCCAUUACUAAUUUUCUUGAAUUGAGUCUUAUUUUUCUUAAAAUUUUGUCUCACACCAUAAGUGUGCUGACUCACCACACCCCUACACUAUCUAACCUUUGGGUACCGAGUCACAUACAGCCCUAACCCCUUGAAACCACCCCUAUCAUACCGCAAGCAAUCUAACCCACUUAACCUUGGGGACAGCGUUUACUCGCAUAUUUUUUUAAAAAUAAGUCUUAUUUAUCUAGAUAUCUCACAACACAAGUGGGCUAACCAACUUAACUGUUAACCCAUCAACUCCCGUAUCCCCUAACCCCUAGAAACCACCCUGCCUGAUAGAGCAAUUCUAAGGCCAGAUUUGGAUUCAGCGCAUCAUAAACCUUCGGAAAUAUAUAGUCUGGUUUCUGGGUCUGAGAUGCUGUCGGCCUGUGUAAUUUUGACCCUUUCGAAUGCGUGCAUAAAAAUACCGUCUCGAAACGGUUCGCGUACUUUUCACUCAUUUUUGUUUGGUUGCGUUUACGGGAAAGUUUCGAGCGACACUAACCUGAGUUAGCACUAGCGUCGUAGCCCUUGAGUGGGACUAUUUAUUACGCAGCAAAAAGCAGAACGAAAUAUACCUUAAAGUUACAUGAAAAAAACGGUUCUUUUCUUCUGACACAUAUAUUGAGUUAUUCCUGAUUGCCUCCUUUUUCUUUUAUUCCAACUCUGAUGGAGAAGAUAAUACAAUAAAUUAAAUUACUCUUCAUCGCUCGCCACAUUGGCAACGCGUACUUUGACGAUAAAUAGUCGCAUUGUGUGCGGACAAGCGCGUAACUACGAUGACGAUACGACUCGUGUGCGAGGGCUCUAAAUGUAUACACGGCACGUCGUACGUAACUGAGAUGAGCCGGGCUUAUAUGCGGCCAAGGAUGGUCCCAUCAGCAGCAUUUUCCCUAAAUUGUUUUGUAGUAUUUCUGUUUUGAUAUUAAUUGAUUAACAUUACCAGUUAGGAAAAAAGCAUUAAGAGAAGUUGCUUCAACUUGUUUUAGUUAUAAGAAGAUUGGGUGCUCAGAUCUCUCUUAUUAAGUUUAUAUAAGUGAGUGUAAAAUAAUUUAAGAAUUUAAGUGACAUUGAGAUUAUUUACCAAUCGGAAAUAAGCUUCGUCAAUAACGCCAUAUAAAAUUAACUCAAGAAUCAAUCACCCGCACUAACACCACUCACGUAGUAUUUAAGAUAAAGUUGCGUUUUAUGCGCAGUUCUAUAAAUAUAUAUGUAUACAAUUUA